CGAAGCUCCACGCGCAAGCGCACUGACGUCACUUUGGUCAAAGUUCACGGUGCGUUUUCCCGGGAAAACACGAAGUAGUGAAGGAAACCCGAGUGUGCGUCCCAUCAUGGAGAUUACGGAGAGAAUACUGCUGGAGAAAGGCUCACCUAAAGCAAACAAGCUGGAAAAAAUUACCAGUUUAAAUCUAUCUCGUAUGGGCUUAAAAAAUCAAGAUCUUUCCGUGGCCUUGUUGAAUAAGCUCGCUGCGCUGGAGGAGUUAGAUCUUUCCGGGAACAUGCUGCAGAAGCUCCCGGCAGGACUCUUUCUUCCCCACCUGCGGCUUCUGAACUUCUCCAGCAACGACAUGGAAGAUGUCACCUCGCUGGAGACCCUGACUGGCCUGCAGGAGUUGCGGCUGGAUGACAAUUUAUACCUCACUGUCAGCGAUGAGCACAAAGUCAUGUUCCUCUUGCCCCGAUUGAAGUUCCUGAAUGGGAAGGACAUCAGUGUGACGGCCAACCACGUUCGCUACGUGAACAGUGAGAUCCUUAGGAAGAAGGUGAUUGGGGUAUGGGAGAAGAGCUUCUGUCUCCCUGAUCCACCAUCUUCACAAAGCUUGGAGGAGCUUGAGAAGAAAUUUGUUAAGGCAGCAUGCUUUCAAGUCAAAUAUGGCCCCAGUUCUUUGAAUGACUACACCAAAUGGAGGGUUGAAAUUAUUGCAAAAGAACAUCUCAAAUCGCUGACUGAUCCAGAAGAGGAGGAGGAGGAAGGUAUUACAGCAGAGGCUCCUGUAAAAGAGAAUGGGUCUCCUUCCAAGAGAAAAAUUCAUGACCCUGACGCAAACUGCAACGCCGAAAACCCCCGGAAGAGAAGGACGAUAAACCAGGCGGUGGCGCCAGAGGCCAGUCCGUGCAAAACAACCAGCUUGUCCAGCGCUGCUUCGGUCGAGGCGAGUCCGAGAAAAUCUUCCCGGCUGCAGGGGACCCCUCAGAAAUCUGACUCGAGUGUAUCAAGCCCAGUGUGCAUGAAAAUGAACACUCCCAAGUCAAGUCUAAGGAAAUCCAGUCGCCAGCAAAGCACCCCAAAAAAGGCAACAGUCUCACAGGUUGCUGUGUCGCGCACUGCGAAAGGAGCGAAGAAAAAUCUCAAAGUUCAGCUUAUGACUCCGCAAGCAAGCAGCUCCACCAAGACAGAAGAUGGAAAAAUCUGGAAAGCGACUAAAUACCAAGUUCCAAAGGAGCCAGCCAGUCUGCAACCUCUUCACGUCCUGCAGUGUCACAGUAAAGAUGACAGUUCAGAGGAUUUCAGCACCCAGCUGUGGGCCUGUGCCUUCGAGCCCACUCAUAACAGCGAUGCAGGUGCCUGGGCACAGUCAGUGGCCACUUGUGGAGGGGAGACGGUGUGUGUGAUAGACUGCGAGUCUGGCCAUGUGCUGAAGAAAUAUAAGGUCCCUGGUGAGGAGUUCUUUACGGUGGCCUGGACCACAGUGUUGAUGGCGCGUGACGGUGGCUUUACUCGAUCCUGCAGCAUCCUCGCCGCAGGAGGGAAGAGGGGUGUGGUGAAGCUCAUCCACCCCAGAGCCAACCUGGCAUAUGGCGAGUUCCGCGCCAGCCGCAAAUCCAUAUCUAUGCUACACUUCAGCCCGUGCCAAACCAGCUUCCUGUUCACUGGCGCAUAUGAUAACAAGAUCAUCAUGUGGGACAUCGGCGGGCUGGACCGAGACUACAACUUCAAAACCAGUCAGCUGCUAAUAAUGGAGACCUGCUCCACUCCACUGUACUUCUGCCUGCCACCCUGUUCCCCAGACACGCACCUCAUCUCCGGCUGCGACAAAGGACUUUACAGCUUCGACAUCCAGCUCAGCAAGAACAUGCAGAAGAGGGCGGAGGAGAUGGAGAUUAUAUUUCCUGUGUACAAGAAGAGUAAUAAGGACAACUACCGCACUAUUGAUGGACUCCGCUUCCUUACAGAAGACAUAGUAGCAUCUAAGAGUCACAUGCAGGGCUCUAUCUACCUGUGGAGCUGGAGUGGUACAAGAGCGUUGCACCAGGGAAGGAAAAAGGAGGUGCCUGCUGUGAUCCUGGCUGAACUGCAGUGGUCCAACACGGACAUCCCGUAUCUCUCCCUAAACACCUGCCCUGGCUUCGGAUACGUUGUGUGUGGAGACGAGAAAGGCCGACUAUGGACGUAUCACAUCACAGACGUUGCGAAGGCCAACUUCAAGAGUGGAAAAGAAGUUCCUGCAACAGAGGUGCUGGAAUGGCCGUCUCCGGUGCGAAGUGGAGUUGGUUCAAUCGAGGGGGCGUCCAUCAACAGCGUUGCCAUGGAUCCUGAGUUUCGUUAUCUGAUUGCCCUAAGUGACAAGAACAUGGUGGUGAUCUGGAAACGAGUAUCCACGUGAAGCAGGAAGUGAUCCAGUUUUAUAUUCCUGCCAUUUUCCAGGAAGUGCUUCAGACCUUGAGACCCACCAAACCAAGUGAUGAAGGUUUCCAUUGCAAGUUCUUGCACAGAAGUGGAUGUAUUCGGUUCAGGCUUUGUCCAAAUGAGACUUAACAAGAGACUCAACAGUUUAUUCUAAUCAUGAUUUGUUGGUUUGAUAUCAAAAGUGUUUUAAUUUUUAAUUGUACUUUUUUUUUUUUAUUCCAAGUACUGUGUUUUGUUUGUUAGUUUAAAAAACAAAAACAAAUUGUACAUAUGUAAUGAUUGUAAAUGGUCUUUUCCUUCUGGGAACUAAAAGAAAUAUGUCAAA